AAAAAAAAAAGAUUUGAUUGAUUCUAAUCAUCACUCUGUUUCAGCGAUUAUCUCCACAAUAAUCUCAUCUUUACCGAUAAUUUUGCAGUUUCCACGUUAAACCCAGUUCCCUUCUCUCAUCACACCAAUUACUAUUCACCAAAAUUCACUCCUCCUUUGACUGAAAAAUCUCAACAACCCAGAAUUCAAAAACUUCAAUUUCAUCAAAUUCAUCAACUUUUCUGAAAUGGGUAAUCACGAUUACUACAAAACUCUAAAGGUUAAGCGCGAUGCAACCCUAGAAGAUUUGAAUGAUUCAUAUAAUAAUUUAGUUAUGAAAUGGCACCCAGAUAAGAUUAACCAAUACCCUUCAAGGAACCCUUCAAGAAAACAAGAGUUUGAGGCAAAGUUUAAGAGAAUUAGUGAAGCUUAUGAAGUUCUUAGUGAUCCUAAGAAGCGUCAGAUCUAUGAUCGCUCUGGUCAAUAUCCUGUGAAUUUGGAAAAUGGUGGUGGGAGUAAUAUGGAGGUUGAUGAAGGUGUUGGAGUUGUUGAGACUGAUUUUUUAUGUAGCCUUGAGGAGCUUUAUAAGGGUUGCAAGAAGAAGGUGAACGUUGUUAGGGAUGUUCCUGAUGAAUUUGGGAAGUUGAAGAGUGAAGAAGAAAUCUUGAAGAUACAUAUUAAACCUGGUUGGAAGAAGGGCACAAAAAUCACUUUUCCUGGAAAAGGAAGCCAACAACCCGGAUCUGCACCAUCUGAUGUAAUUUUUGUGGUGAAUGAGAGACCACAUCCUAUAUUCAAGAGGGACGGAAAAGAUUUGAUAAUGACCGAAAAGAUAUCACUUCUGGAAGCUCUUGUUGGUAAGACUCUCAACAUAACAACCUUGGAUGGUCGACAUAUCACAGUUGAAUUGGAUGAUAUUGUGACACCGGGAUAUGAAAAGGUGGUCGCUGAUGAAGGUAUGCCACUUUCAAAGGAUCCAAGCAAGAGAGGAAAUCUUAUAAUAAAGUUUAAUGUUAUGUAUCCACCAAGUUUGACCUCACAACAAAAAUAUGAUGUAAGAAGGAUUUUGAAUGAUCCUGCUGAUUACUAAACCUAUAAUUUGGCUAAUCUAAUGUUUUUUUUUCCUUAACCUUUUGUUAAUCUAGUAUUGCAGUGCUAUAGCAUUGUAGUUUAGCAGAACUGUAAAUUACUUAUUAUAUACAACUCCACUAGUUGAUCUGAAAUUUGUACAUAACAUAUAUCAGAGAUGGUAUAGUCUAAAUUUUAUUCUUAUAUGCAGCAUGAUAUGUAGCUUUUGUAA